AAUACUUAUUUUCUACUAGUGACUCGCGUGUCAGCGGACUUUCCUUGCAUGUGUUGCCAGAUACCGAUGGAUGUAUACUCUGGGCCGUCGACAGAGGGAGUGGUAUUAGGAAGACUUUGUGACAAUGGGAUCGAUCUUGACUGCAAAUUAUUGGUGAAUGUAACGGUUAACCAAUGGGCAGCUAUUUUAUAUCAGCACCAGGUUGCAUAUAUUCAAGACCAGGCGGGUGUAAAGCAGAGGGACUGUUAUGCAAUUCCGAUGCUAGGCGAAAGAUUAACGACAGGUCUUACAAUACAAACAUCGGCAACAACUCCCGCCAGUAAACGUAAACUGACAACUGCAACCACUCCAAGCACAACAGCAACUUCCAUGACAUUACCAACGACAACAUUGCAGUCACUGACAACGACGAUAGAAAUGAAUUCUUCUACAGCCCAAAAUGCCUUAAAGUACGGCUGUACUACUGUUUACCCCCACUAUGGAUACACCGAGGCUGGAACACUGUUCACCAUUAACAACACGUGCUACGAAUUGAACGCUAAUCUACACACUUGGAGAACUGCAAAUAGCAUGUGCAACAGCAAAGGCGGUUCAUUGGCAUAUAUUGACGACAGAUUUGUGCAAGACACCAUGUUCAACGUUUUGAAGAGCAACUUAAAUAAUAAUGUUUGGAUCGGACUAAACAUUCUACAACAUGUAGGCGACUUUCAAUGGGCAUCAGGCGAAAAGUUGUCCUACACACUUUGGCACAGCGGCUAUGUCGGUUAUAACGACAGCGAGGACUGUGUUGUCAUGAUGGCGUCUACUCCGGAAGGUGCUUGGGAGGAUAAGCCCUGCGCACAAAUGCAUGGCUAUAUUUGCCAGUUUGGAGGUCACUCAAAAUACCAAACAACAUCAACAACACGACCUACCACAGGACUUACCGAUAUUCCGAUUGGCUCAGUGUUUAGCGAUGGUAGUACACGUUUGUGCUCUAGCAGUGUAAGAUCUUUUUCAAACCAAUACGGAACUGUGUUGGCCCAGUACGGCCACAGCUGCUACGAGUUACUUAACACCGAAGUAACAUGGACGUAUGCAGAGACGCUUUGCACCAAUGGAGGGGGACACUUAAUCCAAAUAAGUGGGCAGCUGGAAGAAACUUACAUCCAGCAAUUUCUCCUUCGUCAUGGUUCCCCUGAGGUCUGGAUUGGUCUAAAUGAUAGGCAAACUGAGGGGCACAUGCAGUGGUCUUCAAGUCAGAUAUUUGUUUCACAGUGUGAUGGUUUGCAAGAAGGCGAACCAGUAAACUACGAGCACUGUAUGCGAGGUCACAUGGACAACAUUGUUGGUAGAGAUCAUGAGGACGGUGUUGUCAUGUUUCCACAACGAGGCGGACACUGGGACGACGUGCCUUGUGAGCUGCAGAAUGGAAUUGUCGAGAAACAUGUUGGCAUUUGGGAAUACAGGAUACAGACUUCCGGAUCAAUCAUUGGGAAAUGA